GUUGAGUUCAAGCUACACUGCGGUCUUCAUAGUUUCAGAUGACUUCUAAGGAUGCUCAUACAUUCACUCAGUAUGGCUGGCUCGUAUGCCUAUGGGUCCUCACUGUUUCGUUCCAGUAUGGUUAUCACACGUCCGCUUUGAAUCAGCUACAAGCUGUCCUGACGUGUAAAGUCAUUGAUCCAACAACCCCGAUAUACUACGGUUUGCCCACAUGUAUCCCCAUGUCCGACGCAACAUUCUCUGUAGUGACGUCCAUAUACACCAUGGGAGGCUUCUUUGGUAGUCUGAGUGCUAACAUCGUUAUGGACCGUUAUGGGCGGAAAGGCGCUUCUCGUCUUAGUGCUGUGCUCACAACAGCUGGUUCAGCAGCAUUCGGACUGUCUUCUUCCGUAGGUCCACUGAUUCUUGGCAGAUUUCUUGUUGGCCUCGCGGCAGGCCUGGGCAUUUGCCUUUGUCCUAUAUAUCUAUCUGAGAUAGCGCCAGUCAAAAUAAAGGGAAAUUUGGGCGUUCUCACACAGCUGGCUAUAGUUAUCGGUAUUAUGGCCACCCAAGGAAUGGGCUUCGGUCUUGCCACUCCCCGACAAUGGCGUUUGGUACUACUCAUCUCAUCGGGGAUAUCCAUCUUCCAGUAUUUCAGCAGCCCGUUUAUUGUAGAGUCCCCUUCGUAUCUCAACCGAAAGGGACUGGUAGAUCAAGAGAAGUUAGCAAUUCAAAGAUUGUGGGGCGAAACUCAUGAUAUUUCGCGUGCAGAUCCUGAGGAAGGAGACAGCGAGGAGCCUCUGUUGUCAGACAGUGACAGCGCUACAGAACGCGUCUCAGCUAGCCGCCAGCCUGCAAUUACUGUUCCUCAACUGUUCGCCUCUACUGAACUUCGCCGGCCUCUAUUGACAAUUAUUGCCGCCAUGAUAUCCCAACAGAUAUCAGGAAUCAACGCGGUCUUGUACUACAGUAACGAUAUACUCUCUAAAUCCCUCCCUGAACUAGCAUCAUAUGUUUCGUUGGCAAUCACAAUUGUCAACUUUCUCAUGACUUUUCCGCCGAUCUUCCUUAUUGAGCGAGUGGGCAGGAAACAACUAAUCCAAUUAUCAGUUGCUUGCGCUAUUCUGUCUCAUCUGGCUGUUGGCUAUGGGCUGAAUAACGGCCUCGUGACUUUGUCCAGCAUCGCAAUCACGACCUUUGUCAUGUCAUUUGCCUUCGGAUUAGGUCCUAUUCCGUUUGUCAUCAUCUCCGAGGUGGCACCACCCCAUGCUGUGUCCGCCAUUUCAUCGGUGGGUUUGUCGCUAAACUGGUCGAGCAAUUUUGUCAUCGGUCUGAUCUUUCUUCCGCUGCGCAACUUGCUUGCAAGUGGCGAUUCCAUGAAGGAAGGAAGAGUGUUUUAUGUCUUUGCAGCGGCGCUACUCUGCACGACACUUUGGUUUUCGAAAUUAUACAGGGGUUAGGGAGGUAUCGUAUAUCGUCUAGCUCGGUUUGUAGGGUAUAUAUCUAUGGCAAUAAUUUGCUAUUCAUUGACUUUAUAUGAGGUGCAUAGAUACCCAUCCAAUUCAUGUGUAAGUACCGUUGCAUUGCAAUUGC